AGCUGGAAUGACCCUUUGGCUAUGCUAUGCUUUCAACAUAUAACACCAAAUCUCUUGAUUGGAUGUCUAACCGUGGAAGCGUUUUCUUUGGAGGGACUGUGUCUAGAAGUACCGAAUCACUUUCGAACCUUGAGGGAUCUUUCGAUACGCUUCCGAUGAAACAUGAUUGCAUUGUUAGACCCAGUUAACGCCUUUUGAUGAACUGGAAAUCUUCAUCUCUUGGAAAUUAGCUCGCCAUGUCUUUCCCAAUUGAAGUGAUAGCUAAUCACGUGAAUUGACAUAGCCUCGAGAAUUACGGUGGGUCGGCUAGUGAAUCUCUAUUUAUGGUACCGCUUGGGGAUGGCCAAAAGAAUGGGUCGAUGUACCGUUUCGGGACCGUGAGGGAUGAGACGCGUAAUAAUACGAAGGUUCACUGGUUGGAAGUUGGAACAUAAGAAGUUAUUCCUUAUGUGGAGAAUAACAUUUUAAACAAGAUAAGUCCGACCUGCCACGCCUUUCAAAGCAACUUCUUUUCUAUUUCUCUCCUCUUCAUACUUACUGUUUCCUUUGCUCCCUCUUCUCCUUGUCGAGUGUUUCCAGUCUCUCGCUUUUAUUACAUUCGUUACUUAUAGAUCCAUUUCUUGGCAUCUGUAAGGCUGAAUCUUAUAUCAACCACACUCACUACCCUCAAUAUACCUCUUUUUUUCAUUAUUAGCCUUUGUAAAAAUCAUUGAUCGUUUCUCAACUUUUCUACUUUUUUCUUCAAUCUGAGUUUUAUUUUACAAGAUGAGGCAAAGUACGAUAUUUGGGCUUUUUGCCUCUGUUGCCUCCUUUGGCAUGACUGCAGCUACUGGUACUCCUGUGUUGGCAGCAAGAGCUUCAUCUACUGCAAGUGUUGAGGCUGUUACGAUUUCGGGAAAUGCUUUCUACAAGGGUAGCGAUCGUUUCUAUAUUCGUGGUGUCGACUAUCAGCCAGGUGGAGGAGCUGGUACUACUUCCGAUCCAAUUGCUAAUGCAACUGCAUGCAAGAGAGAUGUCGAGUAUUUUAAAGAACUAGGAAUCAAUACAAUCAGAGUUUACGCUGUCGACAAUACUGCGGACCACGACGAAUGUAUGGGGUACCUCGCUGAUGCUGGUAUCUAUCUUGUCCUCGAUACCGAUACUCCUCUAUACUCUCUCAACAGAAACGAACCCAAAGAAUCGUACAACAGUGUUUACCUUCAAUCCAUUUUUGCCACUAUUGACAAGUUCGCGAAUUACACCAACACUCUUGCAUUCCUCUCCGGCAAUGAAGUUAUCAACGAUGUGAACAACACCAAUUGUGCUCCAUAUGUCAAAGCUAUUGUUCGAGACAUGAAGGAAUACAUUGGUAGCCGGGGUUACCGAUCCAUUCCUGUCGGUUACUCAGCUGCAGACGUGGCUUCUAACCAGUAUAUACUUGCCGAGUACUUGAAUUGCGGCACUGAUGAUGAGCGAUCCGACUUCUACGCAAUCAAUGACUAUUCAUGGUGCGAUCCUUCUUCUAUGACCACAUCCGGCUGGGAUACUCUCAUCAAAAACUACACUGGCUACAGUAUUCCUCUCUUCAUGUCCGAGUUUGGUUGCAUUACCAAUACCAGAAAGUUCACCGAAAUAGCCGCUUUAUACAGCACUGAAAUGACUGCCGUAUUCUCUGGAGGUCUUGUAUACGAGUAUUCUAACGAGGGUAACGGAUAUGGUCUCGUGGAUAUCACCGAUGGAACCGUCUCCACCACUGAACAAUACACGUACCUCAAGGAAGCAUACGCAAACACUACUUCCCCAACAGGUGCCGGUGGAGCCGUUACUACUACUGGAUCUGCAAGCACUUGUCCAACCGAAAGUUCUGAUUGGGAUGUCUCUGGUGACGCGCUUCCAGCCAUGCCUACUCCUGCUAAGAAAUACAUGACUGAAGGCGCGGGUACUGGACCUGGUUUGGAUGGAGCUGGAUCUCAAGAGGCAGGUGAUACUGAAAACGAAUCUCAAGGUACUGCAACCGCAGGUUCUGGUGCUGUCACGUACACUGCUUCUGCUGGUUUGUCGAGCUCUACAUCUUCUUCCUCUAGUGCAGGUGGAAGAAACGCUGAGGUUGACAUGAGAGCUUUCGGGGUUGUUGCAGUGACGCUUGUCAGCAUGAUUGGCGGCAUGAUGUUGCUUUAAUUGCGGGGGUUACCUUUGAGGGGUGCAGAUAUACUUUUCUUCGUUCUCAUUUUUCCUUUGUUAUCUUUGGUAUACAUAAAAUGGAAUGCAUAAAAUUUGUGUACAAUUCAGCUUCUGCCCAAGCAUUUUAUCUUACGUGUUUCUUGA